AGUAAAAUCCCAAAAUUCAAUGUCAGAUAAGUAGUCGAGUUAUAAGCAGGUCGGAAAAUCACAAGUUUUUCCGACAUCUAACGGAGUUUUAAACUGCCUAAGAAGUGUAGUCGUCUUUCUAAGAUGUCUACAAGUAAUAGUUGCAGUAUAGUUUCUUUUCUGAGAAAGAGGGAAGCUGGAAAACGAUGCGUGAAACGACGCCUUGAAGAGCUUGCCGAAAGAAAGGCUACUCUUCCGAAUCUCAAUCUAGCUUGUGAAAGCUCAUUGAAAACUAAGUCAACGUUUUUACUCGUGUUCAGUCACGAUAAAUUGCGUUUAGCAUCAGCGCAUGGCGAUCAUACAGUAAGAGUCACAGAAAUAAUGAGUGGAAAAACCACUCACGUUUUGAGUGGAUUAGAAAGGACGCCUUGGACUUUAGCCUUUCACCCAUCGAACAGUGAGGUACUAGCAGGAGGAUGCCUAGGCGGUGUGAUUCAUAUCUGGGACUUAAAGCAAAACGGUGCUGUUUGUGACGUAUGGCACACGCCAGACUAUGCAGUAGUAUCAUCCGUCGCAUUCCAUCCUAACGACACUAUUCUAGUCAUCGCAACUGGCCAGUAUAUUUACUUCUGGGAUUAUAGCAGUAGUAAAGAGCCGUUCGCGCGCAUAUCAACGCCUGCCAGUUCGUUGAGAGUUCGAUGGCUAAAGUUUGAUCCUUUUGGUCAUUAUCUAUACACAGGAAUAAAUAAUCCAGUAUUGACUCUCGCAUCCGAUAGCUCGGAUGAAGAAGAAAACUUGAUUGGUAGACGAGCAACUUUACAAAGAGCGAGACCUUAUCGACUAGGAAGUCAAGCAGUAGCAGAACACAGUCGAUCUCAGAUGGCUCGAGAUGAAAGACAAGUUGUUCGUGUUGUUAAUGCAACCAGUACCGCCGAACAUAUUUCUCCACCGAUUCCUUCUCAGAGAACAAACUCCGUAACAUCUUCUUCCCAAGACACUCAUCCCAGGGAAUCAACUGCAACAGAAAACUUACAUUUACAUAUCAGUGUCAUUAAUGAUAUUUUUAAUAGGAGAAUUAAUUCAAGUACUACUAAUGAUCCUAGUUCCAGUGAUGAGGAGGAAGGGGAUGUAAUAAACAGUGUUGGUGAGAGGAGAACUCCACAUUUCCGACUUCUCGGACCUUUAAGUGAUCGUUUUAUGAAUCAAUCUCGAUCAAGACAUACUAUUCAACUAAAUGGACUUGAUAGAAUGCCACCAUCAUUCUCAAUGACGAUGUGGCCUGAGCAUAAUGUGCAAAUCUCAACGACAAUAAGGGAAACAACGUAUAGAAUAGACCGAUGGGAUCUACGGAAUUAUGUUCUUCCUGAUAUAGAAAAAAUGGCCAAAAAGAAGCCUGUUUUUAGCAGGUGUAAAUUGCAUUUCGAUGCCUCAUUGUCCAUGUCAGAUGACGGUAGACGGUUAGCAUUGCUCGUCCCAGGCAAUCGAGUUAGCAGCGAUGAACAGUCUAUAAACAUAAUUUCUCUUCGUGAUCAAGAUCUGGGAUGUGUUCUCGUCCACCAAUCUGUAUCUCCCAACGUUGUCAGUCUUUCGUUAUCACCUCUCAGCAAUUACAUUGUGGUCGGCUUGAGUUCUAAGAGAAUGCAAUGGUUACCUCCUCCAAAACAACUUAUUGCUCAAAUAUAUAAAAUUGAAAAGAAUUCUUUAGAGCAUGUUUGUGAUAUUUCCCAUCCGUCGCAUUCUCAUCCACGGUUUUUAGUUAGUGUAAAUGCCGUUUCGUGGCUCCCAGCUCCCGGUGAUGGAAUCGUCUAUGGAACAAAUAGAGGUCAUUUGCAUAUAUGUCGACCAGGAUUAGAUGAGCGGCAUCCUCUAGAAGGGAGUUCAACCUCAGUUGGUGGCGCCCAACUAGUUCGUGUCCGGUUGUCAAAAGGAACCCAAACUGAUUAG